CCUGGCAACCAUAGAAACAGAGUUGAUUACGGGGGAUUGUGAUGCACGGCACACCUUGGGCUUCGGGGGUUUCCGGCAGCCGGAUUCCUGGCAUCCCAGGGAAUCCACCGGGAAUGUGCGGCGCUGCCAAUGCUAAACGCCGGCUCGGCCGGCACACAUGCGACACGGCCCCGUAUCUCCGCCGUCCCUACCACAUGCGAUACUAUGCUAUGCUGAUUCCUGAUCCAACUUCGACUCACACAGGCUGGAGCGUCUCCAUCGCAAGCAUUAAUGAAGGUGUACCAUGGAAGAUGAGCGUCAUAGUGCUUCCACCGGCAGCGUACGCGACCUCAUGUCCAUAUUCCCAUGGCGACUGGGCAGCUCACCGCAUCGAAAUGCCGCAAUUGCCGCACAAUAUGCCUACUCUGUAAAGGUGACCGUUUUUGUAGUCCGAGCAAGGGCUCCUGUAUUCAAGGCAUGAUACCUCACAAGUAGCACAUCAGAUUUACAUACAUCAAUC